CUACUGUUCCUCCCAGAUCUCUCUCUCUGCCAUCAGUCUCAGGGUCCUGGGGUAAUACUUCUGUAGAGCCGAAGAAGAGGGUGGGCAAAGGUGAUGACAGCAGCAGAUACUGAUGACUCCUGAGGUCCGGGGCAUUGCUCAGCUGAUGGACACACUUUUUACUGAAGGCCUUGGGUUAGCCUACUCUCUUUUGUGGUUGGUUCAUCACACCUGUCCUUUCCCCAGACCUAGACCUCUCUCAAUGUCAAUGCCAAACUCCAGUGCUGUGACCCAGUUCCUCUUGGAAGGGUUCUCCAGCUUUGGGUGGCAUCAUAGGCUUGUGUUCUUUGUUGUCUUUCUAACUCUGUACCUGCUGACUCUCUCUGGCAAUGUUGUCAUCGUGACUAUUAUUCGCCUGGACCGUCACCUCCACACCCCCAUGUACUUCUUCCUGAGCAUGCUGUCCCUCUCUGAGACCUGCUACACUGUGGCCAUCAUUCCCCGUAUGCUUUCUGGACUCCUGAGCCCCCAGCAGCCCAUUGCUGUCCAAGACUGUGCCACUCAGCUCUUCUUCUAUCUCACCUUCGGCAUCAACAACUGCUUCCUGCUCACGGCCAUGGGCUACGACCGCUAUGUGGCCAUCUGCAACCCGCUACGGUACUCGGUCAUCAUGAGUAAAGAGGUCUGUGUCCAGUUAGCAUCUGGAUCACUGGGAAUUGGUCUGGGCAUGGCCAUUAUCCAGGUAACAUCUGUGUUUGGUCUGCCCUUCUGUGACGCCUUUGUCAUUUCUCACUUCUUCUGUGACGUGAGGCCCCUGCUGAAGCUGGCCUGCACGGACACCACUGUCAACGAGAUCAUCAACUUUGUUGUCAGCGUCUGUGUCCUGGUUCUACCCAUGGGGCUGGUCUUCAUCUCCUACGUCCUCAUCAUCUCCACCAUCCUUAAGAUCGCCUCAGCCGAGGGCCGGAAGAAGGCUUUCGCCACCUGCGCCUCCCACCUCACGGUGGUCAUCGUCCACUAUGGCUGCGCCUCCAUCAUCUACCUCAAGCCCAAGUCCCAGAGUUCCCUGGGGCAGGACAGACUCAUCUCUGUGACCUACACGGUCAUCACCCCCCUGUUGAACCCUGUCGUGUACAGCCUGAGGAACAAGGAGGUCAAGGAUGCUCUGCACAGAGCUGUGGGGCAGAGGCCCCUUUCCUCGUAGCAAGACAAGAUUGUUGAAAGCCUUUCACUUGAUUUUGUAAAUGUAUGUUGAUUUUAAUGCUGUUUCAAUAAUGCUUUUAAGCAUGAGAUCAAGAAGAACAGACUAAAGUAAGGGGAACCAAAACUGUGGGCUUCUGUUUGGGUUUGUCACGGUUUCCUAUGCCCUUCUUCAGAGAGGAUAAAAAGUGGCCUGGCACAGAGAGAUAGAUAGUUUGGGCACCUGCAUGGCUCAGUCUGCUAAG